UAUAUUGUAUUAGAUGAUGAAACUUUCAGUUUGUUAGUCAUUACGAUUAAACAAGGAAUAAUAAGUUUGUUAGGGAAAAGGUAGCACAAAGUAAUUCUUGUGUUGCCGAUUUCCUUUUGUAAUUAUAAAUCUAACUAAUUAGUUUAUUUCUCUUUAUGUAAGAAGAGUGAGUUGUUAUUCAUAUCUUUUUUUAUGUGCAGAGAUAGAUUUUUCUAUUAACUUUUUACCUUUAUUAAUGUAAGCAUACACAGGGAAAGCCAAAAAAGCAAGCGUCCUGCAGGACGGAUCUGGUCAGCGCCGUUUGACCAACUUUUCAUUGUCUUGAAAAUUAGAGACAAAUUUAAGGGGUAUUUAAGUCAUUUUAAGUGAGCCCUAAUCCUGGAAAUGAGCAAUAUAUAUAUAUAUAGAGAGAGAGCGCAUUCGGCUUUUGUCGUCGCUGGUGUUGUUUGUUUAUUUACCCUUCUCUCUUUGCAUUACAUACAUCAAGUGAUCUCUCUCUCUCUGUUUCUGUAUAAAGGAAUGAGAAAAAGGAGAGGCGUUGCUUAUCCUAAAGUAAACAUGUAUAUCGAAAACAGACUUGUCAAGAGAGCAAAAGAUUUUUCCGGUAACGGAACCGGUCAUCGGAAAAGAUCAAAACUUUCGCCGGAGGUCACUGGUCAUCGUCCUGACCUAUUUGAUUCUCUUCCUGAUGAUCUCGUCCUCUCUAUUCUCUGCAAACUCACUUCCUCUGCUGCUUCUCCCACUGAUUUCGUUAACGUUUUGAUUACAUGCAAAAGACUAAAUGGGUUAGGUUACCAUUCGCUUGUAUUAUCAAAAGCUUCUCAGAAAAUGUUAGCCGUGAAUGCCCACAACUGGUCGGAAUCUGCUCACGGGUUUCUGAAACUUUGCGCCGACGCCGGCAAUAUUGAAGCUUGUUACACCCUUGGCAUGAUUCGAUUCUACUGUUUACAAAAUCGAGGAAGCGGAGCGUCCUUGAUGGCGAAGGCGGCUAUUAGCUCUCACGCGCCGUCACUUUACUCUCUCGCCGUUAUUCAGUUCAACGGCAGCGGUGGUUCAAAGAUCGACAAGGACCUGCGUGCCGGAGUUGCCCUCUGUGCACGCGCCGCCUUCUUGGGCCACAUCGAUGCUUUGAGAGAGCUUGGCCACUGCCUUCAAGAUGGCUACGGCGUGAAGCAAAACAUCGCCGAGGGCCGGCGAUUCCUUGUCCAAGCCAAUGCACGUGAGCUUGCUACCGUUUUGUCUAUGACGCCUUCAGCUUUAACCUCCGGCGGCUGGCUGACGUGGAACCCACUGCCUCAUCACCGCCACGUAGCAGGUACAGUGUGCCCAUUACUGAGUGAUUUCGGGUGUAAUGUUCCUGCUCCGGAAGCCCACCCAGCAAAUCGUUUUUUGACGGAAUGGUUUUCUUCAAAAGGUGUUGUUCCGGGUACGGGGCUCCGACUUUGUUCCCAUGCGGGUUGUGGAAGACCCGAAACAAGGAGACACGAAUUCCGACGGUGCUCUGUUUGUGGUACCGUAAACUACUGCUCACGCGCUUGCCAGGCGCUUGAUUGGAAGAUGCGUCACAAGGCAGUGUGUACACGGGUAGAGAGGCGGAUUGAUGAAGACGGAGAAAAUGACGCUAACGGCGAAAUUGGAUUUGACAACGGUGAUGAUGAUGAUCAGAAUAUGAUGCAGAGUUAAACGGCGACUGUAACAGUGUGGUUGACUGUGAAGGUGACGGUAACGGUAACGGCACGUGAGUCUGAAAUUUUACUGCGAUUAAAUUCACAAGUAAAAAAAUACUUGCCGCUUUUGGGAGGAUAAUAGAAUAUAUUUAUGGUCAGUAUUUUUUUCGGAUGUAUGAGCAGGAAACGAGGGAAAAAAAGGAGAAGGAAUGAAAAAGACAACAUUCUGAAGGUUUUAUUAGAAUUUCUUUCUUUUUAUAUUGAUUUAGAUACUCUUGUUUUGGUUGGAAUGGUUAGUAAAUUUUAAGGAAAUAGAAGUGAAUGCCAUUAUGCGAUGGAACAUAUAUAAUGAUGCCUUCUCUUUGUGCAA